GGCCGUAACUCACGAUCCGUGCGAUCUCUCAUUUAUUCACACUGUAAUUUAUUUUAUUAUUUUACCAAAGUAUCCUCAAAGAGAGACACAAGAUACUCGCGCACGGAGCGUGAGGGAGACAUUAAUAACAAUAAGUAAUUAGUUAUAAACAUUUUCAUAUGUAAACAUUAUUUCGCGCAGAUUAUAUUUAUCGCCGGCGUGAAGUCAGUCGCGUUCUGAGACCGGCGCAGAGACAUCGUGUGUGAGUCAUUGUGAAUCGUUAAAGUGAUGUGGUCGCCCAGUGAGCAGGGCACGUCUGGCUCGGAGAUGGCGGUGGUGUCGAGCGGGCCUCCCGCGGAGCUGGUGGCCCGCACGACGCCCGUGGUGUCCACCAUGAACAUCAGCAAGUCGUCGCGGGUGCACAUCGGCCCGAAGUUCGUCUCGGUCACGCAGAACGUGGAGAACGCUGAGCUGGUAAAGGGUACGUCGUUGGAACGUCUUCUGGAAGCCGAGGACAGCGAAACAGAGUUCGAUAGUUGGCGCGAGUAUCAAGAACACAUACAUAACCCUAGACCAACAACGUACUCAUGCCCGCAGUACGUGUGGACGGUGGUGCGCAACACGUCGCGCGCGGAGCGGCUCUCAUGCGCGUGCGCCGCGCUCGCGCUGGUGCUGUGCACGGCGCUCAUACUCUUCUUCACGCUCGUCGUCAAGAGGGGCGAACUAAACGUCGUCGAUAGAGCCCCUCACGAGUGGAACAUCACCCGCGAAGACUGGCUGGCGCGCGACAUGACGGGCAACAACACGGUGGCACGAUUCGCGCCGCUCAAGCUGGUGGUGGUGCAACACACCGUCAGCCCCGAGUGCCACCGGUUCACAAACUGCGCCGCGGAGCUGCGGAACUUGCAGAAGUACUUCUUGGAGUCGAAGCAUCUUGGAUAUGAUAUACCGUACAACUUCUUGAUCGGCAACGACGGGCGCGUGUACCAAGGCCGCGGGUGGAACCGGGAGGGCGCGCACACACUAGGCUUCAAUCGGUGCUCCCUCGGAGUCGCAUUUAUAGGAGACUACAGGGAAGAGCUGUCCGUCCACAGCCGCGUGACCGACCUCCAGCUGCAGCGGUUCAACAUGCUCCUGGAAAACGGCGUGGCCCUGGGCUUCCUCCGGACGGACUACUCCGUCCUCCCCGCUAAGGACGUCCAGGACACCGUGAGCCCCGGGACCAACCUCUAUCGCGCUUUACAGAAAUUGGAUCACUACGAGAGAACCCAUAGCUUUAGGGGCAUGAGCUGUGAGGCGAUAUACGAUAAAUUAGGUUUACCUUACCAUUUGUGAAUUAGUUUGUAAAUAUAUGACUUUUGUACUA